AGAAAAAUAUGGAAUCUUACAAAAUCAUGUCAACUUCUAAUAUCCCACGUACAACUGUGUUAUUCGGUAGCUGAACGAGGUUCGGUAAUCGUUAGCAGACUCAGGUUCAGAAUUCGGGGUUAAAUCCCCCGGGUUCAAUCCGGGGAAAUAUCCCCCAGCUUAAUCCGGGAGUAGGAGAGAGAAUGGAAAAUAAUAUCUUUCAGCAUAUUCAAAACCCGGGGUAGGGAUGGACGGUUCCCACAUUGCAACACAGAUCGAUACUCUCAAAUCUGAAGAAUUGGUUGAAAAGAAAUCUGUUAAUUUACAGAAUACUCCCAACAUGAGAGUUUAUCAAAGGAUGGAGGAACUGAUGACCCGAAUGCAGGAUCUGAGUACUGGUGUCCCUGUGAAAACUGUCAAAUCUUUUAUGACCAAAAUUCCGAGUGUGUUUACAGGACAAGAUAUAAUUUGCUGGAUUAUGAAAAAUGUUUCUGUGUCUGAUCAAGUGGAGGCUCAUCAUCUAGCGAAUAUGCUUGCAUCACAUGGAUACUUUUUCCCGAUAGAUGAUCAUAUUCUUUCUGUGAAACCCGACAAUAGUUCUCUGUACAGGUUUCAGACUCGAUAUUUCUGGCCCUCCAACUGCUGGGCUCCGGAGAAUACAGACUAUGCCGUCUAUCUCUGCAAGAGAACCAUGCAGCACAAGACAAGGCUAGAGCUGGCGGAUUACGAGGCUGAGAACCUGGCGAGGUUACAGAAAAUGUUCACGAGAAAAUGGGAAUUUAUCUUUAUGCAAGCUGAAGCACAAUCAAAGAUUGAUAAGAAGCGAGAGAAGCAUGAAAGAAAAAUUUUAGACUCUCAGGAGCGUGGGUUUUGGGACCUGCACAGACCCCCACCAGGCCAGAUAAAUACUACAGAAUUAGAUAUGAAGGUGAUACUCCGUCUGAACCAUAUAUUUGGAAUAUGCGAGGAGGAGGCCGAGGAUCCUGAGACAAGACUGGAGAAUCUGAGAAGAAUUAGGAAUAGAGAACUAUCCAGAGGAGAACGAAGAACCGUCAAAUUAAGUAAAUGCGGGGAAACGUAUAUAGAAUUCUUCCAACAAUACCAACAGUAUGAUGCUUUACUCUGCCAACAGGAAAGUAUGAGUCCUUGGAUAACUGAUAAUACUGAUGUAUGGGAGGGGGAAAGAUGCGCUAAAGAUCUACCAGAGAGGAGAAUAAAACGUUGGACAUUUUCAGGUUGGGAGUUGUUAAGAGAUCCUAUUGGACGAGAUCAUUUCUUAACUUUCCUAGAAAGAGAAUAUGCAACAGAAAACCUUCUAUUUGUGGAAUCUGUCUGGAAUAUGAAAAAAAUGGCCGAAAAGGAUGUUCCAGAGGAGUGUUUAUCUAUAUGGAACAGGUUUAUGGGUCAGCAGGCUGAGAUCCCGAUCAACCUGGAUUCUAAAUCCUUUAAGAUUACUCAGGAGAAUAUCAAGAACCCUGAUAGAUGGACUUUUGAUAUUGCUUGUGCCCAUCUCUACUACCUUAUGACCAGUGAUAGCUAUUCCAGAUAUGUACGUUCGUCUCACUACAAGGAUUUCCUAGAGAAUUCUCGUAAGAAGAGCAUUAAAGGAUUUAUUCCAAAACUUUCCAACGCCAAACUUAAUAUAGUCAAUGCCAAAGAACAGUUAAAAGUUGGCCUUUCAUCAAAUCCAUUCCCAAUAUAGAAACAUUCUUGUAAAUAUCUAGUGAAAAGUGUUGAAGUUGUAUCUAAUGGAAAGGAUACAUGAAUCUAGUGGAAUGGAUACAUCAAUUUAGUGGAAAGGAUACAUGUUUUUAGUGGAAAGAAUACAUGAAUCUAGUGGAAUUGAUACAUCAAUUUAGUGGAAAGGAUACAUGUUUUUAGUGGAAAGGAUACAUGAAUCUAGUGGAAUUGAUACAUCAAUCUAGUGGAAAGGAUUCAUGUAUUUAGUUGAAAGGAUACAUGAAUCUAGUGGAAAGGAUACAUGUAUUUAGAAGAAAGGAUACAUGUAUUUAGUGGAAAGGAUACAUGAAUCUAUUGGAAAGGAUACAUGUAUUUAGUGAAAAGGAUACAUGAAUCUAGUAGAAAGGAUACAUGAAUCUAGUGGAAAGGAUGAAUGCAUCUAGUAAGAAUACACGAAUGAAUGAAUAGAUACAUGAAUCAAAUGAAAAAGGGUGAAAUCUAGUGGGAAAGAUGCUUAAAUCUAGUGAUUGAAAGUCUACUUGAAAAAAACGUAAAAAUCAGAUUUUGAUCAUACAAAAAGUUAACUCUAAAUAUGCAAAAAUUGCCAUUUUUUUAUUGCAAAAACCUUUAAGCAUUAUUUUUUUCUCUAAAGUGUCAAAACUACUGAUUAAAACACAUCAUUGGACAUUUUAGUUGAUCCGGUUUUAGUUUUAGAGAAUUAUAUUUUAAUUUUGUAAACUACUCAUGGAACCUCCUUUAACCCAAAAAAUAUCGACUGAUGUGAUACACUAAUCUUUUUAGUUUUCCCAUGCAUUUUAAGAUUUACAAUGUGAAAGAUUUUUCACAAAUUUGUGAGGAAUCAAUUUUAAGUAUUUUUAAUUUUAAGAAACAUGUACAAAACGCAUUUUUCACUAUAAUUAAAUUUGACCAUCGCAUCGCAUUUUGUGAUAAAAAAGUGUUUUCGUUUCUUCUCAAAAUAUGUCUACAUGGGCAUAAAAACUUCCGUCUUUCCAAGCUAUAUCCGAAGGAAAAAAAACCGUUUUACAAAAUAUUGAAAAAUAGCCAAGUUGAAGCUGAAAAACUAAGGAAAACAGCUGAUUUUGUAAUUUCCCUAAUUUUUCCCACUUUCAUGCUCCUAGAGCACAUGUUUUUGAAUAUUUUUACUAAACCGUUUGCUGCGUUGAAUUAUGCUUUGCGGCUCUUUUGAUACCCAUAUCGACAUAUUUUGCAAAAAUUAAAAAAUUCACGAUUGUCAGUUUUGAUGUUAUCGAAAAAUGCUUUUAUUAAAUGCUGCUUAAAAUUAAAAAACACAGUAGUAUUUACUACUUGAUUUGUGUUCAUGAAAAUUCUUCGAUCUAAAUGCAUAUAUCUAUUUUUUGCCAUGAAAAGCUAGAAUUCAUUUAUGUAAUUUUAGGAGGGACUUCUUAGUUCGAACAUUGCCUCUGAAAAAAUAUAGCCCCCUCCCCCUUUUUAAUGAACUUGCCAAAUAUCUCGGUAUUUUUCAAGCGAAAAAUACACCAAAGAAUGUUUGCAUAGAGAAAGGAAACGAAGAGUUAAAAAUUAUCUCAUAAUCCCCUCAGAGGUACGCAAUUCGGGCCACCUUAUAGCCAAGAUAUACGUUGACACUUUGUAUAUACAAGUGUACAGUAUUUGAUACGUUAAGCAAGCAUCGUGAUGUACACAAUCGACCACCCUAUUAAUUUUGCUACAUGGUUGUACGUUAUGAGAUUUAAUUUUAACUCCUCGUUUCCCUUCUUUAUGGAUGUUUUUAUCAUACGUUUCAAACUGCGUUAGAUAAUUGACAAAUGCGUAGUUGUACACCUUCACUAAUAUUUACUAUGAAUCUCUUUGUACGCUGUACUUCAAGUGUACAGUACAAUCCAGAUCCACUAAAAUGAGACCUCAGAGACACUGUACAGAACUCAUACUAUCUGUUUCCUCAUAUUCACGAAUCCCUAAACUUAAAACUUGAUUCUUUCUUUGCCAAAUCAUUAAAUUAGCCAUUAAAAGACUAUAUAUUUGAGAAAGAAGUCUUAAUUAAUCGUUAUUUAUUGUGAGUUUUAGGUCGUAUUUAUAGUCUCAUCGUUUGUGGGUAACUCUGUAAUUGAAUUUGAUUGCAAAUAUCUGUAUAACUCAAAGUUAAGUGCCCAUAUCAAGUUGUAUAAAAAGUUAUGUACCAUGUACAAUUGUGAAGAAGAAAAAACAGCUGUAGUGUACAGUGUACACAUAUGUACACGGCCUAAAGAGAAACAGUCGCAAAAUCAAGUGAGCCUCAAUGCAAUGCCUAAUUUACAACGGUACCCUUGAAACCUUGAAACCCUAAUCUGAUCAAAAAUGUGGAAAAUAACGUAGUUCUUCUGACUCGAAAAUCCACCCAUCAUUCUUGAAUUUAAGAAGUAUAUAGAGUGAGUAAAUAAUUGGCGCAUCAAUAUUUUUGCUGGGUUCGUGCUCUUGUUAUCCCAAAAUUUAACUAAGAUAUUUGUAGAAUCAAAUAGAGGAUUUGUUAGACUGAUAUUUCUAUGGUUUUAUGUAUUUAGGGAUUUUUAUAAGCGGAUUUUUAAAAAAUGUUAACCAGAUUUUUAGAUAUAUCUCAUUUAAAUAUUGAAAGAUUUUUGUGAGUAGUUCAGUUGGUUUUUGAAGACAUCUUUUUACAUAUUUGGGGAUUUUUAUAAGCGGAUUUUUCAAAAAUGUUAAGCAGGGUUUUAGAUAUAUCUCAUUUAGAUAUUAAAAGAUUUUUUUGAGUAAUUGGUUUUUGAAGAAACUUUUUAUAUGUAUUGGGAUUUUUAUAGGCGGAUUUUUUUAAAAUGUUAAGCAGGUUUUUAGAUAUAUCUCAUUUAAAUAUUAAAAGAUUUUUAUGAGUAAUUGGUUUUUGAAGAAACUUUUUAUAUGUAUACUGCAUUGGGAUUUUUAUAGACGGAUUUUUUAAAAAAUGUUAAGCAGGUUUUUAGAUAUAUCUCAUUUAAAUAUUGAAAGAUGUUUAUGAGUAGUUCAGUUGGUUUCUGAAGAAAUCUUUACCUAGAUAUCGAUUGACGAGAAAUGGGGUUUUCGUUUAAUUUUCUAAAUGUAAAACAGAAACCUAGCAAAAGUUUUGAUAUUAUUGUGUUAAACAUUGCUAACCAAGAUUUUUACUCACUCUCUGUUUACACACUUAGCUUAUCAGCAUGUAGACAAACAUGAACUACAAGAUAAUUUAAACAAAAGUCCCUAGUCCUUCAUGUAGAUAGUAGUUACUAUUCUUUAGGUUUCGGAUGCAAAUAAAAAAAAUUGCUGCAGAAAAAACGUUUUUAUACUAAUUGAAUUAGUUGCUGUGCCCUAUUUUUGUGAGCUUUUAUAUGUGUUAAACUGUACUGAGUAUAUGGUACAUGAUAUUUGUGCUGUACAUGUUAUAGGAUAAUCCCACAGUACAGUUGUAAGUGUGAGUGUACAAAGCCUAUAGAAAGUGAUGAUUAGAUUGUACAAGGGAUCUCUGUUGAAUACAUUGAAAUCAA